AUGUUUUUAAUAAUUUAUAUAACAAGUUUAAUAAGAAAGCUCUUGAUAUUUCAAUUAUUAAAUUGUUUAACGAUUAAAAAAUCUAAUCUAUUUUUAUCUAAUUUAUCUCUUAAAGAGUUUUUUCUUAAAACAACAUCAUUUUCUUUUAAGUGGCCCGUUAUUUUAAUUAACGUUUCUUUUAUCUAA